AUGAUAUCUUCGUCUUCCUUGUCUCUAAGACCGACCUCAAUGCAAUCUCACUCGAGUGAUGAAAAAAAAAUGGAGUUACUCAUAAACUUGGUUGAACCAUCAAUUAUACUUCGCGGGAAUCCACAUGAAGCUCCGGGUACUUUCCUAAGAGGUCAAUUAAUGUUAAAUUUAAGCAAACCCACCAAUAUAAGAAAAAUAGAAAUUAAAUUUAUUGGAAAGGCCAAAACAUUCUGGGUAGCGGGUCUUAAGAAUGAACAGCAAGCACAUACCGAAAAACAUGAGACCAUUAACCGCAAAGUCCAAUUCGUAAUUCCUCCUCCAACGGCCGAAGAACCUUCACAGCAUGGUAAAUUUGGAUUAAAAAACUUGUCAGUGAAGUUUAAGGAUCCAAAUAUGGUUUCGGCUGGUUCAUAUGUCGAGCAUGGAAGCAUUAGAUAUAAACUAAUAGCAGAAGUGUCGCGAUCCAUGUUACUGCCAAAACUAGUAAAAAAAUAUGAUUUGAAAAUCGUUAGAAUUUUACCCGAUUACGAGAUUUCCGAGGGGAUAGCAUUAUUGAGAGAUUACGACUCAACACUUAGAUAUGAAAUCUCGAUUCCCAAACGCGCAUAUUCUCUCGGACAAACAGUUCCGAUUGAAGUUAAGUUAAUUCCGCUUAUCAAAAACCUAAAAAUUCGUGGUCUGCUCGUUGAGUUAUUGGAAGAAAUCACUUACACAGCUAAUGGAGCCCAAGCGGGAACUACCAAGGUGGUAACAACGCAUAAUUCUGACAACCUGGUUCACGAAAAUCUUCUGCAAGAUCAAGAUGAUAUAGAAGACAUAAGUUAUCAUGAAACGUUGCGUUUUUUUAUACCAAACGAAACAAAUUAUUCUAUGAAUACCCCGUUGAUUAAUAUAAGUCAUAAUUUUAAAAUUUACUUUAUCGUAAAUUUUCCUCACGAUCCCGAUGAUAAUUCGAAAACAAAAUUAUUUGUGAGAUGCCCUAUUACUAUAAUUUCUUGUGUGGAAGCCGGGCAAUUCUUUGAUCUGCCUAAUUACGAAGAAAAAUUUUGCACUUGCGACCCCGAAUAUGAAAGGGUGGCUAGAUUAGUAUUAGGCGAAGCUGCGACUGAAGGUUGCAAUUGUGGCGGUAGAAACACGGAACCAGAAACGUCUGUCACGGGAUGCGGAAACUGCGGUAAUUACAGAAAUUGCGAGAAUUGCGGAAAUUGUGAGAAUUGUGAUCUUCAAAG